ACCCGUCCACAGAGACAGGCGAAUCCACUAAAAACCCUCGGAAGCUACCAGAAACCCUGGAACCGCUGGGUCCUGCCGCCUAAACCCAUCAAAACCCCAGGUAAACGCCGCGCCUAUUCACCCCCUGGUUCCCUUUACCUCUUUAAUUAGUGUUUCCUCUCUCGCUCCUAUCGUCGCUCGGCUGAGUCCAUUCUACUACGAUCGGUCCCUCGAUGGACGCGGCGAAGGUGACGGAGUUGAAGCUCUUCGUCGAACAGUGCAAGAAGAAUCCGGCCGUCCUUACCGACCCUUCCAUUUCCUUCUUCCGAGACUACCUCGAGAGCUUGGGCGCCAAGCUUCCUCCUGCCGCUUACAUGCCCGGGGAGUCGCCCCGAACUCGGGAUGCGAAAAGUCAAAUGGUGGAUGACAUGGAUGAGGAUCUUGAUGAAGAUGAUUUUAGUACAAAGGGUUCUGCUUCUGUAGAGCAUGAAUCUGAUGAUGAGAUUGUUGAAUCUGACAUUGAACUUGAAGGAGAAACUGUAGAACCUGAUAAUGAUCUGCCACAAAAGAUGGGAGACCCAUCUAUUGAGGUAACAGAAGAAAGUCGUGAUGCCUCUCAAGAGUCUAAGGGAAAAGCUAUAGAAGCAAUUUCAGAAGGGAAGUUGGAUGAGGCCAUUGAGCAUCUUACGGAGGCUAUAUUGCUGAAUCCCACAUCAGCAAUCAUGUAUGCAACCAGAGCAUCUGUGUAUAUCAAGAUGAAGAAACCGAAUGCUGCUAUUCGUGAUGCAAAUGCAGCUUUAGAGAUCAACCCUGAUUCUGCGAAAGGCUACAAAUCCCGUGGCAUAGCUUUAGCUAUGCUUGGGAAAUGGGAGGAAGCUGCCAAGGAUCUUCACCUGGCAUCGAAAUUAGAUUAUGAUGAGGAGAUAAGUGCCGUGCUUAAGAAGGUUGAACCCAAUGCGCACAAGAUUGAAGAACAUCACAGAAAAUAUGAAAGAUUACAGAAGGAGAGAGAAGAAAAGAAAAUUGAGCGUGAGAGGCAGCGUCGCCGGGCAGAGGCUCAGGCGGCUUAUGAGAAAGCAAAAAUGAAAGAACAAUCGUCAAGCAGACCAUCAGGAGGUAUGCCAGGAGGGUUCCCUGGAGGUAUGCCUGGAGGAUUCCCAGGUGCCAUGCCUGGUGGUGUACCUGGAAAUAUUGAUAUGAGCAAAAUUCUGAAUGAUCCUGAACUAAUGGCAGCUUUUAAUGAUCCUGAGGUCAUGGCUGCUCUGCAAGAUGUGAUGAACAACCCAGCUAGUUUUGCUAAACACCAAGCCAAUCCCAAAGUAGCUCCAGUUAUUGCAAAGAUGAUGGGGAAAUUUGCUGGAUCGGUGUGACGGCAGUUGACAGUUCCUAGUCCGUCUUAAGGGUAUUUAAAUGAGUUGACAUUGUUCAGAAUUGUUAAACGGUGAUUUCCAUGGUUCAUGUUGAACGAAUGUAUAUUGAGUGCUUUUAACAGUAGUCUCUUGAUUGGUGGUUUGUUCAUUAAUGAUGAUUUGGAGUUCAGUUGUUUGUGAUCAGCGUAGGUUGAAAUCUUCAAUAACUAAUAUAAAAGCAUCAGCUUUCAUUUUAGUA